AUGGCUUCAUUACAUUUCAGAAAAACCAACCGUGACGUUAAGUUGUUCCAGUCCUAUCAAGGUAGAUGAGGGUGAUAAUGUCACAUGUGCAUGUAGAGGACAAGGUGGAAACCCUCCAGCCAAUGUAAUUUGGUACAAAGAUGGCGUCCAGUUUGGUAGAACCAGAAAAGAAGAACAGACAUUAAUCUCAGGAAUGUUAAUGGAACAGACACUGGAACGUACAAGUGUGUGGCCCAAAGUCUCACUCUAAUUAACGGACGAAGAAUACAUCAAAAUAAUUGUUUAUUGUAAGUAGAGUCAGUGGUAACUGUUUAGAACUUGUGAAUAUAUUUCAAAUAGUAAAAAUAUGCAUCAAAAAAGCUAAUUAUACCCUAUAUGAAUUGAACUCGCUUGGCUAUAUCAAUUCUUGCUGUUUGAAAAUUUAUAUAGAAUACAUAAAGGUAAAGCUUUCAAUCUGUAAGCCUGGAUGUUCAUUCAGUGCUAAUAAAAAGUUUAUCAUUUAUCAGCAUAUAAAGAGUUUGUAUCUUUACAGACGCUGUUCCACCUAGAGUAAUAAGCCUUACAUCGACUCCAGAAAAUGUCGUACUUGGUGAACCAGUCGUGAUAACGUGUGAAGCAAUAGCUGUGCCUUUACCAAGUUAUACCAUAAUCCAUAACGAUACUGAGGUCGUCAGUACUCACAAUACACAUAUUAUAACUGUUUUGAAAUACAGAGAUGCUGGGUCGUAUAAAUGUAUUGCCACAAGUAUACUUGGAAAUAGUUCAAUUCAGCUUGUCUGUCACAGGUAAUCAUAUACGAUCUUUGCUAUGAUUGCAUUACCUUUUAAAAAGUGAUGUAAACUAUAGUGCAUCAAGCUUAAUAUGUAACUAUAGGCAAAUCAGAGAGCGGACUCUUAACAAUGUGAUUUCAUUUUCAGUAACACCAACAACGACUACUCCAACUACAAAGGAUUUCGGAACAGGUAAAGUCGUUUUCUUAUCCUAACAUGGUUCCAGAUAGUAUAAUAUUUGUGUUAUGUUUAAUUUUUUGGGACGCCCAUGCAGUAUACGGUACAUAGAACCAGAUGGUUUAGGGAAUUGGUAAACCCAUCUAUGUGACUGUGUUCUUAAUUUUCAGGAAAAACAGCUUUAGAAAAAUGUAAUCGUAGUGGAACUGUAUGGUAUAUGGUUGUGGUAAUACUGGUGUCUGGGAUUAUCAUUGGAAUUCUUCUUUGCUACAUUGUCUUGUGUUUCCGUCGUAAAUUUAGAAGUAGGAAACCUCAAUCAAACCCUGAACCAAAGGCAACUGAAGUUGAUACAACUUCUCAAGAGCUUGAUCUUUCAAAAAUGAACACAGAAGACAAUUAUCAAUCGUUGAGAAACAGAGGACCUCAAUCAAACCCUGAACCAAAGGCAACUGAAGUUGAUACAACUUAUCAAGAGCUUGAUCUUUCAAAAAUGAACACAGAAGAUAAUUAUCAAGAGUGA